AUGACAUCCACUCCCAAGAAUGGACCGAAGCUCAAUAAGCAGGCCAUAUGGCGAGACCCAUCCUCGACCGGAUUCUACGUUUGGGGCGGCACGAUGUCCUACUUCGACACACCACCGGCAAAAGAGUUAUGGCAUUUCGAAGUGGAUGGUAACGGUGGCGGAAUCUGGUCGCAGGUCUCCCCCGCGAGCGUCGUAGCUUUCAGCAAGCUCACCCGCACCACAGAAGCCUCUUUCACACAGAGAUUCGGUCAAUACGGGACCUCGAUAAGAGGCUCAGCACAGUUCGUGCCGUUUGGAUCCAGCGGAGUACUGCUCUUCUUAGGCGGAGGCCAGGCACCAGUCUCAUUACCGAAAGGGAGCUGGGCGGAGAUGGACUUCAACAAGGUCACCUUAUAUAAUCCCAGCACCGACAAGUGGUAUACUCAGCCGACAACAGGCUCCAGACCGGCGACACGAGGAAACUUUUGUGCGGUGGGCGCUUCCAGCACCAAUAACACGUACGAGAUCUUUCUCUACGGCGGCGGUAGCACCGAGACAGGCAGCGUCUCUGGCGAUGUCUACGUCCUGAGCUUGCCCGGGUUUGUCUUCUUCAAAGCAGCAGGCUCGUCAGCCAUUCGGGCGGACCAUACGUGCGUGGUCGUGGGCGAAGGAGGCCGCCAGAUGCUUUCUAUUGGAGGGACGGACGGGUCCCUCGGCUUCCCUAGGUCGCUGACAGACCCGGACCCCUGGAAGCUCGGGCUGGGCAUCUUUGACAUGACGGAGAUGCGCUGGUCUGAUGGGUAUGAUUACCAGGCGCCACCGUACGAGUCGCCGGACGCGGUCAAGCAGUGGUAUGCCCAAGGGGGACUAGACUCCGUCGUUUGGGCGAGCGAAGAGGUCAAGGCCUUAUUUUCUGAGCGUGCCGUUGUGGGCGGUGUUGUAGGCCUCGUUCUUAUAAUUUGCCUCGUAGUGUUCUUCCUGAGGAGGAAACGAUACCAGGCGGCGCCGCAGCAGGAGACAGGCGGAACGCCUCCAGAGUACGAGAAGCCUGGCAGCGAGCAAUAUGGAUACAAUGGACCGGCCGGGAUCAAUGCGCUACACGAAGGACAUACCGACCACUUCAACCCCGUCGAGUUACCCGCAGAACAUGGCGCUGCGGAGCUUAGCUCCACGCAUGGCAGAUAUGAACUCGGCCAGACGGUGGCGAGGCCAUCCUAA